CUUAGCCCAGGCGCUCUUCCGGCUUCAACUGCUGCGCCUUUUGCUCUUCCACUAGCCAAUUCGCUGGGGUCACGUGAUCCGUAAAACCCUUCCUUUCCUCCCUCCGUUUAGGCCCAGCGAAUGAGAGUACUUGGCGGAGUCCACUCGACCUCAUUAGGAAAAGGGGGAGGAUGAGCUACCAAAACAGAGGUGAUUUGGUCAUGGAGGCUUUGUUGGAAGGAAUACAGAGUCGGGGACAAGGAGGGGGUUUUUUAACAUCUUGUGAGGCAGAACUACAGGAGCUAAUGAAACAAAUUGACAUAAUGGUGGCUCAUAAGAAGUCCGAGUGGGAAGGGCAGACCCAGGCUCUAGAAACCUGCUUGGAUAUCCGACAACAGGAACUUAAAUCUCUUAGGGAUUUAUUGGAUCAAAAACAUAAAGAGGUUGGGAUGUUGCAUCAGCAGAUGGAAGAGCUCGAUAAAACCAAGCAAGAAAUGGCCAUCGAAUACAAACAGGAAUUGAAGAAACUUCAGGAAGAGCUAACCAGACUAAAGAAAGGCUAUGAAAAGCUUCAGAAAAAGCAGAUAAGAGAAUCCAGAGGUGGCACCAAAAGUCACAGGGAAGACCCAUCUGAAAUGGAGAGGUUAAAUGGAAAAAUAGAGGAGUUCCGCCAGAAAUCACUAGAAUGGGAGAAGCAGAGAAUGAUUUAUCAGCAACAGGUGGCAUCUCUGGAGGCACAAAGGAAAGCUUUGGCUGAACAGUCAGAGAUUAUUCAGGCUCAGCUCACCAAUCGGAAACAGAAGCUGGAAUCUGUGGAGAUUUCCAGCCAGUCUGAAAUUCAGCAUUUAACCAGUAAGCUAGAAAGGGCCAAUGAUACCAUAUGCGCCAAUGAAUUGGAAAUAGAGCGUCUCAACAUGAGGGUAAAUGAUUUGGUUGGAAGCAACAUGACUCUACUGAAGGAACAGCAACGACUUGAAGAAGAACUGAGGCACACUGAAAAACUAUUAAAGGUUCUACAAGGAGAAAAAAGGGAGUUGGAGGUGACUGUUCAGUCUCAAGAGGAUUUCAUCAAUGGUUCAAUAAUUCAGAAGGAGAAAUUACAGAAUAAACUUACAAAUGUAGCUAAAAAUUUACAUUCUACAGACUUUAUCAGGUCACUGGAGGUCAGCCUUCAAGAAAACGUUUCGUCCUGUAAAGGCCAGAUGGACCUAGAGAAUGUUUUUUCACAGUUGGAUUUUCCACAGACCAGUGAAGAACUUCUGCAGGCAGAGGUAUCUCGUCUUGAAGGCAGCUUGGGAUCUGUGAGUGCAACAUGUAAACAGCUGAGCCAAGAGCUAGUAGAAAAAUACGGAGAUCUAAAGGUGAUGGAAGACUCUAACAACCAGUACAAGAUGGAGAUUAAAAAACUAAAAGAACAGAUGUUACAGAAUGAACAGACUUACAACUGUGCUUUAGAAGGAAUGAAAAUGGAAAUCUCCAGACUGACACGGGAGUUGCAUCAGCGUGACAUAGCCAUUGCUUCAGUCAGUGAAUCUAGCUCUGAAGUGGAACAGUCCCUCAGAUCAGAGCUGGAAAAAGCAGAAACCAAAGCUGUGGACCACAGGGAUAUUUUGAUACAACUGGAAGCACUUAGGUUAGAAAAUAAACAACUUUCUGAGACCUUGGUGAAUAUGGAAUCUGGUCCAAUAGGGGAGAUGGAAAUUCCUCUAACAGAAAUCCGAGAUAGUUACAUCAAGGCAAUUAAUAAUUUAGCAACUGAAAACCAACAGCUAAAGAGGGACUUGAUAGAGACCAAGUCUAGGCUGGAAGGCUCUGCUCAUGUGAGCCAAGAUAACUAUGAGCGUGUUUUUAAUGAGACACACAGAAUAUUGCCUGAGCUCAGGAAUUCAGAGUACAGGAGAACACAGGAAUUGCAGCAUAGUCAGCAUGAAGAAACUGAAAAACUGCAGAACCACUACAAGGGCGAGCUGGGAGUUCUUAACGUUCCACAUCUGUCUGUCGGAAUGAACCAUGUGUCCAGUGCACUUAUUGGAUUGAGUCCCCAAAUCAGCACUUACAGCUCUGCCUUCUCAUUGACCUCUGACUUCUUUAUGCCUAUGGCAAUAGAUGUAAACGAGGCCAACUUUUCUGAUUCUAUGUCAGAGUCAGAUGCUGCUAUAAGUCAUCAAGAAGAAUUUUUACCUUUGCGUCCCCUGCCAACAUCUCCCAUUAGUUCAAUAGCUACAAGAUUUUUGGAAGAAGAGGAACUACGGUCUCAUCAUAUCCUGCAGCGUCUUGAUGCCCACAUCGCCGAGCUGAAAAGAGAGAGUGAAAGGACAGUGAGACAGUUCACAAAUCUAAAGUAACUUGUAAUGUCAGGAUUCUCCAAAUAUCGUGACUCCGAAGAGUGAAUGUCUUCUCCAUUAGUGGGGCUUCCCAAAAUGUGAACAACACAUGAAGACGAUAGUGACUGAUUGCCCCAGUGAAAGCAGUGAAGAAACAACCCUUCUCCUGAAAAGGAUGAUCCCUCCUUUGGGACUGACGAUUAGAGUGUGCUUUCUGUCUGGAGGACUUCUGAUAGCAUUUGCUCACCAGGCUAGACCUCUUUGCUAGUCUUUUCUGUCACAUGUAUAUUUAUUGUCACAGAGAUUGUGAUGCUGUCUAGGUGUUGAUUCAAAUGUGAAUAUGUCUGUGUGUUAAUUUAAAAUAAAGAUUUCAUAAUGUAUAUUCUA